UAGCAGCUGUGCUCGAACGUGCGGACGAAGAGACCAUUGUGCCACUGUUGUUUACAAAGGACAUAACAAGAGAAAGCAACUUCUACAUAAUAUACUUAUUUUUACACUUCCCUACAUUUACUACGACUCCUGGAGUAUGCUUUUACAUCGUUUGACAUUGAAACGAUUUUCUAUGGAAGAACAAGGCAACGUCAUCAUAGUUGAAAGUAAUUUCAACCAGAGAGACGCCUUUAGAGAAUCCUGAUCCUCGGCUUUUCAGUCCUGGGUAACUUGAGUCAAGACUCGAGUUCAUCUAUCUUGUUUUCACAUCAUCCACGCAUCCAAGUCUCGCCUUAAAUACGUGCCUCCAGUCCCAUCAAGCAGAAAAAUGGUCGGAUUUGGUCCUGCUGAUGUGCCUCCUACGGCAGCUGUGAAGUUUGUGGGUGCUGGGACGGCGGCUUGCAUCGCUGACCUGGUUACCUUCCCACUAGACACUGCCAAAGUUCGGCUACAGAUCCAAGGCGAGGCCAAGGGCCGCAGUAAUGGCGGCGGGCCAGCCAAGGGACUCCAGUACAAGGGCGUGUUUGGCACCAUCACCACCAUGGUGCGAACCGAAGGCGCCCGCAGCCUCUACAACGGCCUGGUGGCCGGACUCCAGAGGCAGAUGAGCUUCGCCUCCGUCCGCAUUGGACUCUACGACUCAGUCAAGCAGUUUUACACCAAGGGCUCAGAACAUGCCGGGAUCGGUAGCCGGCUCCUGGCUGGGUGCACGACCGGGGCCAUGGCUGUGGCCGUGGCUCAGCCCACUGAUGUGGUCAAGGUGCGCUUCCAGGCGCAGGUGAGCUGUGCCGAAGGCGCCAAGAGGUACCAGGGCACCAUGGAUGCCUACAGGACCAUCGCCAGACAGGAGGGAGUCAAAGGACUGUGGAAAGGAAUGGGACCAAACGUCGCCCGCAAUGCCAUAGUGAACUGCACAGAGCUGGUGACCUAUGACCUCAUUAAGGAUGCACUUAUCCGAUCAACACCCUUGACUGAUGAUCUCCCCUGCCAUUUCACCUCUGCCUUCGGUGCAGGCUUUUGCACCACGGUGAUCGCCUCACCGGUCGAUGUUGUGAAAACAAGAUACAUGAACUCCUCCAAUGGCCAGUACAAGAGCGCUGUGAGCUGCGCACUCAACAUGUUUCUCAAGGAGGGCCCCAUGGCCUUCUACAAAGGAUUUAUGCCCUCUUUCCUGAGGCUGGGUUCUUGGAACGUGGUGAUGUUCGUGACCUACGAGCAGUUGAAGCGUGCCAUGAUGCAGGCUCGCAACAACUAUGCCUCUCCGCUCUAGAUUACAACACAUGUUGUGCCUGCAGUUUCUUUAGCAAUAAUACUCUUCUUAUCUACCUCUCUCUUAGUACUUUUCUAGUUGUGAAACAUUCGCUUGUUUACACCUAUGCUUGCAGUCUCUCUAAUUUUACUCAAGGUACACCCAAAGAUGAAAAGCUGGUCUUCUUUCUCCAUAUUUGUCUUUUAAAAAGCUGUAGUGUUUUUAUUUUGAAUAAAAUGUUUACUAGUUUUA